AUGAAAUUGAGAAAGCUGGAGGAGCAACCCACGCUGCAAACAGAAAGGAAAAUGGAAAGAACAAUAACUAUAGAAAUCCCUGAAGUUCUGAAGAAGCAGCUUGAGAAUGAUUAUUGCUAUAUUAACAGGAGGAAACGGUUAGUGAAACUUCCUUGCCAGACCAACAUCAUAAGGAUUUUGGAAUCCUACGUGAAAGAUUUUGCUAUCAAUGCAGCCUUUUCGGUCAAUGAGAGGCCUCGUCACCACCAUAUUGUGCCGCAGGCCAACACAAAUGUGCGUUAUAUCCCAGCAGAAAAGAAUGUUGACCUUUGUAAGGAGAUGAUGGACGGACUAAGAAUAAUCUUUGAUUACACUCUCCCAUUGAUUUUGCUCUAUCCAUAUGAACAAACUCAGUAUAAAAAGGUGACAUCGUCUAAAUGUUUUUUUCCAAUUAAGGAAAGUACCACAAAAACUACCAAGAGCCAGGAAAAGUUGUCCCCUAGUUCACCUCUGUUAAAUCCAUCCACGCUGCAGUCCACAGAGAGUCCGCAGACCACAGGUGAGCCGGCAACUCCCAGAAGUCGCAAAGCUGAGCCGGAAGCAUUGCAGUCUCUGAGGCGGUCCACGCGCCACACUGCCAACUGUGACAAGCUAUCUGAGAGAAGCGCCUUGCCUCAGCCCAUGCGUAGGCAGCAGGACACGUCUGCCGGUAUGCCUACGUUAUUCCUGCACCUGGAAAAGAAGACAUCAGUGCAUAGCAGAUCAUCUUCACCUAUUCCUCCUCUGUCUCCCAGCAAGGAAGGGAAUGCAGUGUUUGCUGGCUUUGAAAGGAUAAGAACUACUGAAAUAAAUGAAGUCCUUUCCUGGAGGCUUGUGCCUGAUAAUUAUCCUCCAGGUGACCAGCCACCUCCGCCAUCUUAUAUUUAUGGGGCACAACACUUGCUGAGAUUGUUUGUAAAACUUCCAGAAAUCCUUGGAAAGAUGUCCUUCUCUGAGAAGAAUUUGAGGGCUUUACUGAAGCACUUUGAUCUCUUUCUGACGUUUUUAGCAAAAUACCAUGAUGACUUCUUUCCAGAGUCAGCUUAUGUUGCUGCUUGUGAAGCACAUCACAGCACCAAGAACCCUCGGGCAAUUUAUUAA